GACUUUUCUACUGAUAAAUUUUAAUGUGUAUAAUACAAUACAGAUAUAUCUAUAUGCAUAUAUAGAGUGUACAGCUUAAUAGUUUUCAGUAAUCAUGUGGUUCAAAAAAGUUGUCAUUGUUUCAUUUUUUAUUUUAUCAUUAACAGUAAUUGGUAGUAUCACGAAUGGAUUAGAGAAAUUAAUAAUUGAUACUGAUGCCGGAAUUGAUGAUGCAGUAGCCAUUUUUUUACUAUUAUCAGCCCUAGCUAAAAAUAACUCUAAUAGUGAGAUUGUUGCAAUUACUUGUGUUUACGGAAACACAGAAGAACAAAAUGUUGAAAAAAAUGUACUCAGGAUACUUUCUACUGUCAAUGCUUCACAUAUUCCAGUGUAUGGUGGAGCAAGGAAACCCAUCAUAGAACAUUACAGCAAUGACAAUUACUUUGGCCAAGAUGGACUAGGUGAUGUUUUUUAUGAGGAUAUCAUUCCGAAUAAAAUUAACAGUUCAGUUCAUGCUGCUUUAGCACUUGUAAAUUUAGCGAAACAAUAUAAUGGUAGUUUGAGCAUUCUAGUACUUGGUCCAUUAACAAAUAUCGCUAUUGCAACAAUGUUGGAUCCUCAUUUUGCAAAUAAUGUUAAAAAAUUUUAUAUUAUGGGAGGUAGUGUGUCUGGUGUUGGAAAUAAAGCACCAGGUGUUGAAUUUAAUUUUGGUUGUGAUCCUGAUAGUGUAUGGAUUGCAUUGAAUGCAAUAAAAGAUAAACCAAGUAUUUUAUUCCCUUGGGAAACGACCAUUAAUUCUGUGAUAUUGAUGGAUUGGAGAAUGAAUGUGCUUGGAUCAAAGAAUAAUUCAAAAAUAAUAAACUUUCUGAAUAAGGCUGAACAAAAUCUAAACAGAACACAAAAUGUUUGGCAACCAGCAGAUGCCAUGAUCGCAGCUGUUGUACUGUGGCCCGACUUGAUAGAUAAAAUACUGUUAACUAACGUUAAUCCAAUAAUUGACGGUAAAGCAAGAGGUUCACUUUUAGUAGAUUACUCUAAUUUAACUAGUACAACACCAAACAUAGAAAUAAUCCAGGAAUUCAAUGUUGAGAAAUUCAAAAAUAUUCUAAUAACAUAUUUUUCGUAAUCUUUUUUUGUACUACAGCUAAUAAAAAGUCAACUGUCUUUAAAUUAUUUUUAAAAUAAACAGAGAAUGCAUAAGAUAUUCUUGCUAAAUGUUCAAUUUACUUACAUUAAAAAAGUUGGUACUUUUACG